AUGGCCACCAACUCAGAGGCAAAUGCCCUGGGCUACAACCUCCAGGUGGACUAUGUGGUUUGUUAUAGUUUUGCCAAUGUCGGCCGAUCGCAAGCUGUGCAACAGCUAGAAAAGCUCCUUCGGGCGCUCUCUGAUGCUGGUUUGCAGACGGAGAUCCGCCAAGGCGAUGAAUCAUCCUUGCUGAUAUUCGUGCGCGCCUCCAAGAAGCGACUGAGGAGGGCUGUCUACCGGUCGCGAGUCCGCGAUUGGCUCUAUGGCAUUCGUAAUGCCGAGCCCGAACCGGCCAGUGCGAUCGAACCCCAAACCGAAGCCGAGCGACUUCGCGUGAUAAGCCAGAUGAUUACUCUUCCCACCGAGGAAGGGGGCGCUGGAAUUACUCCCAGCCAUGGCGAAUGGGAGAAGGUGACCGCUGUUUUCCCUCUACACGACAUCGAAACAAACAAAAAGUGGAUGAAGGAAUGGAGCAAAAAGACCUUCCUUUCUGAUGAUGAUCUUGAUCAAAUCCGCAACAAGUUCGGAGAAAGCGUCGGCUUCUACUUCUCCUUCUUGCAAUCCUACUUCCGGUUUCUCGCCUUCCCCGCCAUCUUCGGCUUCUCAUGCUGGUUUUUCCUGGGUGGUUAUUCAAUUGUCUACACCAUCGUCAACAGCCUGUGGUGCAUUAUAUUCGUGGAGUACUGGAAGCGUCAAGAACAGGAUUUGAGCUGCCGAUGGCAGACCAAGGGUGUUUCAGCGGUGCGGACUAACCGACGUGAGUUCAAGCCCGAAAAGGAGGUACGCGACGAUAGCACCGGUGAAAUGCGAGGUGUCUUCUCUGCAACGAAACGCAUGCAGCGGCAAUUACUCCAGAUUCCAUUUGCUCUACUUGCCGCAAUCGCUCUUGGUGUUAUCAUCGCGACUUGCUUUGCGAUUGAGAUCUUUAUCUCGGAACUGUAUAGUGGCCCGUUGAAAACGUACCUGAUCUUUAUUCCUACCAUCCUGGUGUCGGCCCUUGUCCCUACCAUGAGUGCAGUUUUGAUGUCCAUCGCCACCAAGCUUAAUGAUUACGAGAACCAUGAGACCAACGACGGUUACGAUGCGGCACUCACCCAGAAAGUCUUCGUCAUAAAUUUCAUCACUUCCUACCUCCCGGUCUUCUUGACAGCCUUCGUCUACGUUCCCUUUGCUAGUCGCAUUGUGCCCUACCUUGACGUUUUCCGUCUGACUGUCCGCCCGUUCGUGUCCAAAGAACACGCAUCUGCAAAACGGUCGCACUUCCAAAUUGAUCCCGCCCGUCUCAGGAAUCAGGUUAUCUACUUCACCGUUACUGCGCAGAUCGUUGGGUUCGCUAUGGAAAACAUUGUGCCAUAUGUCAAGCAGGGUGCAUUCCGAAAAUACAAAGCCUUCAACAAGAAGCGCAACGGUAGACCGGGCCAGAAUGGCGACAAGGAGUCUCCCGAAAGAAAGCCGAUUAUUGCCUACGAUGAUCCGAUCGAAGAAAAGGAGUUCCUAGCUCGCGUUCGGAACGAGGUUGAGUUAUCUGAGUACGAAGUCACGGAUGACUUGCGUGAGAUGUGUAUUCAGUUUGGAUACUUGGCACUAUUCUCGCCCGUCUGGCCUUUGGUCCCGGUGUCCUUCUUUGUCAACAACUGGGUUGAGCUGCGCUCCGACUUUUUCAAGAUCUGCAUGGAAUUCCGCCGCCCAACACCACUGCGAGCAGAUACCAUCGGCCCUUGGCUGGAUACUCUGGGCUUCCUAUCAUGGGUUGGCAGCAUUACGAGUGCAUCAUUGAUAUACAUGUUUAGUGGCAACUCGCAGCAUGGACCUAAUGGCGAGCCAACCGACAUUGCGGGCUGGGCGCUUUUACUCACCAUCUUUUUCUCGGAGCAUCUGUACCUUCUCCUCCGAUAUGCCGUCGAAACCGCUAUGGCCAGGCUAGAGCCUCCAUUCUCACGCAAGGAACGAGCUGAGCGAUAUCUGGUGCGCAAGAGAUACUUGGACUCGACGCUCCGUGCUGAUGCGGAGGAUGACCAUGAUGAAGGCGAUACUGUAACUAUCUCAGGUCCUCCCGGGAUCUCGCGUCACAGUCUUGAAGACGAUGCUCGCCGGUCAUCUUCGCAUGACACCGACCCCGCCGAGCGAUUCUGGAUGCGUCAGCGAGGCUGGGAGGAGUCUGUUCAGAUCGGGGCGGGAAUCAUUGAAGGCCAGCCUGAUGAUGGAGAUGGAAAGAAAGAACAGUAA